AUGGCUGCGGAAGAGAAGGCUGCAACUACAGAGAAGGUCAUGGACGCAGUGCCUAACAAAGGAAAAAAGGUUGCUGAUGCUACUUCAGAAGAAAAAGAUUUCGACCUUUGGAACCUGGUGGGUCAAGAAUUGUCCGAGGCCGAGAAAAAGGAGCUAAAGGAAUAUGGAAUAUCCUGUGGCUACCAACCAGGAUCAAUGCUUUUUGGUGGAAUUGACGAAGAAGCCUUGGGAUGUAUUCGCAAUCGUGCUGGAGCAAAGAUAAUCAACACUCUAUCAAAGAGUAAGCAAGACAAGGAGAGGGGCUCCCAUGCUGUCGCCACCGGCGCCAGCGCUCUCUUGCCGCUCAAGACUAGCGUGGGCUCCGGUGCACUGGCGUUCGUGCCGCUCUGCUUGAGAAUGGACGACAAGGCCACCGGGCGCGUCAGGAUGUGCGACCUGUCCAUGCUGUCGCUGCCGGCGACCAGGAGCGGCGCUGGCGCCGCCGAGGAGGGCCGGUGCCAGGUGGUGGGGUUUGCGCAGGCGGCGACGAAGGAGGCCGCCGCCACGGUGCCAGCAGCCCCUGCGCUUGGCGUUGGCCUCUAGUCCUAAUCGCAACAGCAGCAGGCAAGGAAGGCCCGGCGCUGCUGGUCCACAGAGCUGCAUCGCCAGUUCGUAGCCGCCUUGAAUCAGCUCGGCGGCCCCCAGGUUGCCACAACAAAGCAAAUCAGGGAGCUGAUGAAGGUGGACGGCCUAACAAACGACCAAGUGAAAAGCCAUCUUCCGAAAUACCGGCUGCACAACCGGAGGAGGGCAAAACAGUCUGUUGAUCUUCUAUAG